AUUGGGGGUAACAUCUUUGAAAAAAAAAAAAAAAAUUAUGUAUAAAAGAGGGUUGAAAUAAAAAUGACGGUUUCAACCUUUUGUAAAAUAUAAAUAGAUAUCAAUUCAAUGGCUAUACAGCAACGUAAUUUCAAUAAGGAACCAGAGACCGAUAGUUUCCAAGAGUCCCAAGACACGGAUAGUUUGUUAAAAUCGUCACAACAACCUAAAAAAUUAGUCUUUGACUAUGACGAGAUUCCAGCAUGGAUGCAUGACAAUGUUUACAUUACCGGUGGUUACCGACCUCAAACGAACAGCUAUCGAGAAUGUAUCAACAGUUUAUGGUACCUUCACAACGAAAGUGUCAACAUUUGGAGUCAUUUACUGGCGUAUUUCAUGUUUGUCGGCUUCGGUAUUCACUUCUUAUGGAGUCAACCAUUCGAAUCCUCCAUUACAAUUUUCGACUACAUUUACUUUUUCUUAUUUAUCGCUGGCGCUCUUAUGUGCCUUAGUUUUAGCGCCAUCUUUCAUUGCUUCUCUUGUCACUCCGAACCCGUCGCUCACAACUGGAACCGAUGUGAUUAUGCAGGUAUUACCUGUCUCAUUGUUGGCUCGUUUUUCCCUGUCAUUUACUAUGGUUUCCAUUGUCAUCAUUUAUUCCAAGUGAUUUAUAUGACCAUUAUUGUCACGAUGGGUGCUGCUACGGCUGCGGUCACCUUAAUGCAACAUUUCCGUACACCUGCUUACCGAUGGAUUCGUGUCACACUUUUUGUGGCACUUGGAUUAUUUGGUGUUGUCCCUACCAUUCAUGGUAUUUGGAUGUACGGCUUGGAUAAUGCCAACAAAACCAUUGCUUUAUCCCAUAUGGCCUUGAUGGCUGUUUCUUAUAUCGGUGGUGCAUUGAUUUACGGCUGUCGUUUCCCCGAAAGAGUUCGACCUGGCAUGUUCAACUACUUUGGUGCAUCACAUCAAAUCUUUCACAUUUGUGUCGUUAUUGCUUUACUGGCUCAUUACACUGGUGUCUUGAGCGCAAUGGCUUUCUGGCAUGAUCCUAUCAAUCAAGACUUUUGUUCUGCCUUUAUCAUUUAAAUCAAUGAAUACACUACACAAACACACACACAUAUAUAUAUAGAAUAAACCA